AUGGGCAUCCGAGGCUUCGGCCCAGCCGUUUCGGUGUAUGGAGUCUUCUCAUCUUUGAGUGGUGAUACCGUUGUCAUCGACGGACCAGCACUCGUGCAUUUGAUAUCGGCAGGCUGUUUGAGGCAGCGACCCGCUGGCUGUGGUUUCGUCUGCCACCCGUCGUAUUCUCUGCUCGGUCGCAUGGUUGUCGGAUGGCUCGAUGAGUUGCGAAGGCAUAACGUAAACGUGAGGAACAUAUAUUUCGAUGGCUAUCUGCCUCCAAGCAAGUGGGCCGUCCGGCAGGAACGACUGCUUGGAGAGUCCCGGAAGAUGAAGGAUUUGGUCGCUUCCCACCCCGUGGGCUCACCUUGCUCGCCCGAGAAUGCCUUUGCCGACUUGAAGGCCGAGAUAUCGCUCACUCAAUCCUUCGGCCGCUCAGCAGCAGAAAACCUACCCAAACCUCCUUUCUUGGUCCCAGCCGCCAUCGAAGCCCUUCGGAACAGUCAAUACUGGGGCCCUCUCAUUCAGGUAGUACCGGGUGAAGCUGACCUGUUCUGUGCCGAGGAUGUUCGGCAGAAGGGCGGUACCGUACUCACGAGUGACUCGGACCUGCUCAUCCAGGACCUCGGUGAGAACGGCAACGUAUGUUUCUUCGGGGAUAUUGUCCCAACCGAUCGCUUCGCCAAGGAGCUCGGAAUGUCAGCUUGCAAGAUCUCUUUCCACGAUAUCAAUAACCAACUAGGGAUCACCAACGUUGGCGGCCUGACACGGGUUGCCUUUGAAAAGGUCAACGGCAAUAUCCCCUUUAGCGAAGCUUUGAGGAGGGCCAAGAAUGAAGGCACCGUGGAUUUACCUGAAUUCCGGGGCUUUAGGGAAGAGCAUCAGAUGAAGGAUUACCUCCCGUCGGAUCACCCAGUACUCGGGGUGCUUUCGACUCUCGACCCUAGAAUAUCAGAAGUGGUUAUUCAAACCCUGCUCAUGGAAGGCAAUGGCACAGUACCCGGCUCAACUGAGGAGAAAGCUUCACGAGGCCCAGAGGAUCUCGCCAUGUUCCUGCCAAUCAUGAUAGAGAACCGCGAUCAGAAAAGCUGCUGGACGUUGAGCGCCGAUAUCCGCCAGGUUACAUAUUGUAUCUUGCAGAAGAUUGCACGUCACCAAUCCGCCAAGAUCAUCGAGUAUCGUAUGUUAGACGCGUCAAGUGCUUUGGCGGGGAGGCAACUUGAUAUUCCAGGUUAUGGCGAGACGAUCUCCCGCAGUGUGUCUGUGGUAAACACCCUUAACAAGUUGGGCGAGAAUUUUCCAGAGCCGGCAAUGCGGUGGUUCGCAUACGCAGUCUACCAGGAAGUUGAAUGGUCGGCUGCUGAACAACGAUCAUCUCUGUCAGCCAAACUCGUCAACCAGAUGACAGGCCCAUUCGGAAACACAGAAGAGUACUCGUGGGAUCUGAUACAUUUCACGGCCCAAGUUCAGGCCACAUUGUACUCUCUCCGGAUGCUAAGACAAGUUCUGCAUGUCGUCGCUUUCUUGGAUCGGGACACCUCGGCGGAAAUACAGCAACUGAGCGGACAGAUGGCCCCAUUCCCUCCCAUCGAUGAAUGGCCCACAGUUGAGGGCAUGCCUGAUCUCUUAAACAAAUUUGGAGAAGCGAAUGCGUUUGCUAUCAUCACGGACAUCCUUGAAAUUCCACCAUUCGAAGCUGCGGAGGCUCCCAACAAAACCACUCUUCCCAAGAAGCAGCAAAAGCGGAAACGCGGAAUCCUUCAGGGUCAGCGAGGUCAAGAGAGUUCCAAAAGAUCGCCUUCUGUCAACACCUUUGCGAUUCUGAGUCAGGAAAGCCAGGAUUGA